CAAUUUUUCAGCGAUUUCUUGAGCUGCAGCACUUCUCAUUCCUAAUUUACAAGAAAAAAUAAUCAACGAGUUCUUCUCGGGUCUAUCACAACCAUACUUUUUCUUAAAUUCAUCGGCUGUGAGAUUAUUAAGGGCGUCUUUUACUUGAUCCACUAAAAUAAAAAGCAUUUAACAUAUCUCCCUUUUUUUAAAUCCACUUAUUUACAUGGGAUAUUGAUGCUUCCAGGUAUUACCCCAGUUUGUCGAAGUUCUUCAGGUUGCCGUACAUCAAUAAUGCUAACAUUUUUAUUUGCUUCAUCGCAAAUUCUUUUAACUUCAGCGUAAGAUACUUCUUUUAACUCUUUGUUAUCAGUUGCGAAGUGUCUUUUUGAUAAAGGAUACACAUAUGGUUUGCCUGUAAGAAGAAUUAUUGGAGGAACAAUGAAAAUUUUAAUGAAUUAUGGAGUAAUUACACUUUAGAAAUAUUGAGUUAGGUACUUGUGUAUUUGGUAUCGAAUAAUAGGUUAAUUUGAAUAGUCCCAAUAUUUUGUGUGCCAUUUUUUAGUAAAUAUUGUUUAUUAAAUUCCAAUCAUAACAAAAAACAUAACCUCAAUUCCUCAGUAAAGAUUAUUACUUCUUCUUUUUUUAUGAAUUUAUUUUUCUAAGCGGCUCUAUCUAACUUCACUCUAUUAAAAUUUCAAACAAACUAACCUACAAAUAUAACCCAGCUUCUGCAGUAUAAUUUUAAUUUAGCAGUUCUAUUAAUAUAACGGCACAAUUUUAGUAGUACAACGGUAUUUAUAGUCGAAUUUCCUAGUUUUGUUACACGUGCUUCUUACCCGAUUCGAAAACUCACCCACUUUAAUUGAUGAUUCCGCUCUUCAAGUUGACAAACACUAAUUGAACAUUAUGAAGAAUUUGGACGUGUUCUUUUUGUUCUUGCUAGUAAGACUUGCUUCAGUUUAUUUCGUUCAAACGUUCUACGUGCCCGACGAAUACUGGCAAUCCCUGGAAGUUGCUCACAACUUGGUAUUUAAGUACGGUUAUUUAACAUGGGAAUGGAGCAAAGGUAUCCGGAGUUACAUUCCUCCUCUAAUCAUUGCCGGUUUGUAUAAGUUCCUUCAAGUCGUCGGUUUAGAUUCCCCACAAGCUUUGAUUUACAGUCCUCGGGUAUUGCAAGCGAUUUUAAGCGCUUAUUCGGAUUUGUGUUUCUACAAAUGGUCGGGCACAAAGAAAUGGGCGGUAUUCUCUAUAGCCACAUCGUGGUAUUGGUUUUACACCGGAUCCAGAACAAUAAUAAAUACUUUUGAAUGUGCUUUAACGACUAUCGGUUUGUCGAAGUUUCCGUGGCCCGGAAAGGGAAUAGAGGAAUCGAGGAUUUUCAUUUGGAUAGCAGCGUUAUUAUUCUUCAUACGACCGACAUCUGCGAUAAUUUGGGCCCCGUUGUGCUUUUACCACAUAUGGAUAAGCAAAAAUACGUUUUUGACUGAAUUAACGAAAUAUUUACUCAUAGGAAUUCCUGUACUCGCUUUUACAGUAUUAUUGGACAGCAUUUGUCACGGCUCGUUAAUAAUAACGCCUUACGAAUUUUUCAAAUUCAACUUGCUACAAAACUUGAGCGGAUUCUACGGCGCGAACCCGUGGCAUUGGUACUUAUCCUCCGGUUUACUCGGUUUGUUAAGUAUAAACAUCCUUCCGUUCUUAUGGGCCGUAAUGACUAUAUUAAAACACAGAGGUAAUCAUCCCAACGAGCUGAUUAUGUUGGGCAUCAUCAUCUUCACAAUAACGAUUUACAGUUUGUUGCCGCACAAAGAGUUUCGAUUCAUACUUCCACUAUUGCCGUUUAUGUUGUACGUUUCCUCAAGAUUUUUAUCUGCUUGGAGCAGGAAAGCGACAAAAUUUUCAGUAUGGUUGGCGACGAUAGUGAUUUUUACAGGGAAUUUAGGUGCUGCUUGGGUGCUAGGAAUGGAGCACCAACGUGGAACUUUAGACGUGAUGACUGCCCUCAGGGACGUAUCGAAUAAUGACCCUAACAAUACGAAUUUGUUGUUCUUAAUGCCCUGUCAUUCAACACCUCUGUAUAGCCAUCUACACGUUAAUGUAACCACAAGGUUCCUCACUUGCUUGCCUAAUUUCAAUAAAGUAGACAAUUACGUGGACGAGGCGGAUUAUUUUUAUGAAAAUCCCGAUAGAUGGUUGAAGGCGAAUUAUCCUUUUGAUGGCGCGUUACCAUCUCACAUAAUUAGUUACGAUGUCGCUGUGCCCGCAAUUUCGUACAUUUUAACCAUGUAUAAACAAACCCAUGAAAUUUUUCAUACCACGUUUCCGCUUUCGCCGCGGAUCGGGAAGUAUGUGAUGGUACAUAGAAGAUUGGAUUUGUGAUUGAUUUGAUUUAUUUUCUCCAAAAAUAAGUACAAAAGUAGUUUACGAAUUACUGCCGUUAUGGAGGAACCAGUUGUGUGCGUAUUUUUGAGUGUUUAGUGUUAAAUUUACCAAUAAAUAAUUUUGGUAAUUUAAAUUUUAUUUACCUCCACGGUACUGGCUCCAGAAUCCACUUUUGAUUAACACUCCCGUCGCAUUCUACUAAAAUUAUAUUCUCCUUAGCUCCGAGCUUCACAUCCAAACAUUUGUUGCUGCUAUUGUGGCGGAUUUCUUU